UUAUAAUUGACGGGGUCACCAUCUGAUUAAAACAGCAAAAAGUUGAUAGACAUUGAUAGAAUUAAGAUCUUAUUUCUUAUUCCUGUGUCGAACGCUUGAUGAAUAUUACCAUAAUUUCGUUCGGUACCGUUAUACGUGAAUUGGUUGUGCUACUGUCCUGACGUCAGUUUUAAAAUAGUAAAAAUGUUCCUUAAAAAUUGUCUCCGAACUUUCUCUAACCAUCAAAUUAGAUUAUUAUUAAACAAAAAUAGCAUAAUAUCAAAUUGUAUUAAUAAUAAAAAUUCUGCGUCAUUAUCAACAACGAAACUUGCAUUGGAAAAUGAGAAAGUCAAAGUUGCCUUCGUUCUGAACGACGGUAGACGAUUAGAGACGGAAGCUAAAGUCGGCGAUACACUGUUAGACGUGGUUGUGAAUAAUGAACUGAAUAUAGAAGGAUUCGGCGCUUGUGAGGGCACGGUGACUUGUUCCACGUGUCACGUAAUACUUAAAGCUGAGGACUUUAAUAAACUUCCAGAAGAAGCGAGUGAUGAAGAAAGGGACAUGUUAGACCUAGCUUUUGGUUUAACGGAGACGUCACGUCUAGGUUGUCAAAUUACUUUGUCGAAAGAAUUAGACGGCCUUGAAGUGAGAGUACCGGAAACAAUAAAUGACGCACGCGGGUGACGCCAUUUUGUAUCGGGAUAGAUAAUAAAUUGUAGAGAAAAUCGUUAUUUAUAUUUAUAUUUGGCUCAAAGAUGGAUUUGUAGCACAAUUUACGAGUUAACGUGAUUAUAGUUGAGGUUUUUUAACAUAUAUGAGCAUAAUUAUUAUAAAUAUAUGUUAUUUAAAUGUAAGUUUUAAUGCAGCAUA